CCAUGAAUGACAUCCAAGGUAUUAUCACCUUGCGCAUGUAUACCCCAGACUCAGAAAUCAAAAGAAAGUUUAGUUCUAGGUGGAACAAACUGAGCCAAGGAAAGGACUCUCAUAAGGGUCCUUUUGCAUUGAACACCUUUGGCCUUUACGCCUAUGACACUGUUUGGGUGCUUGCUUCAGCACUCGAUGCAUUUUUUAGGAGUGGGGGAACUGUGUCAUUUUCAAAUGAUUCAAGUCUAAACAUGUUGAGAGGGGACACCCUUCACAUGAAUACUAUGGGGGUGUUUGUUGGUGGUGAAUCGUUGCGUCAAAAAAUUUUAGAAGUGAAUAGAAGUGGUUUAACAGGCCAAAUGGAGUUUAGUGCAGAUGGAAACUUGGUUAAUCCAUCAUAUGAAAUAAUUAAUGUGAUAGGCACUGGAAUUAGGAGGAUUGGUUAUUGGUCUGAAGCCUCUGGUCUCCACACUGGUGAAGCUCCUAAUCAUUCCAAUUCUAGUGAAGGACUAUAUGGUGUCAUUUGGCCUGGUCAAACAACUCAAACCCCACGUGGUUGGGUUUUUGCAAGCAAUGGAAGACACUUGAGAAUAGGGGUGCCACUUAGAAUUAGUAACCCUGAGAUUCUGUCAAGAAUUGAGGGAACAACUGAGAUGUUUAGAGGUUAUAGCAUCGAUGUGUUUACUGCUGCGUUGAACUUGUUGCCUUAUCCUGUUCCCUACAAGUUUGUUCCAUUUGGAGAUGGUAAAACCAACCCACUAAAUACAAAACUUCUCAACAAGAUCACAAUUGGAGAGUUCGAUGCUGUUGUGGGGGACAUUACCAUUACCACAAACCGAACUAAGAUAGUGGAUUUUACACAGCCAUAUAUUGAGUCUGGGCUAGUUGUUGUGGCACCAAUUAGGAAAAUGAAAUCCAGUGCUUGGGCUUUUCUGAGACCAUUCUCUCCAAUGAUGUGGUUUGUGACAGGAAUGUUUUUCUUAGUUGUGGGAGCUGUUGUGUGGGUUUUAGAACGUCGCUUAAAUGAUGAAUUUAGAGGCCCAGCAAGAAGGCAGUUUGUGACCAUUAUAUGGUUUAGCUUUUCAACCCUGUUUUUUUCACAUAGUAAGUGGUUGACCCAAGGCAUCCAUAUCAACAUUCCUAUGCUUAAAACAUCUCCAUAA